UAUCGUGAGCAUUGUGAUAUCAUGAAAAAGUACAAGAGCAAAGACAAGAAUGAAGAGGUUGCGCUGAAGUGAUUCGAGCAGCUUGCGUCGCAUCCUUCCUAACGAUGAAGUUCAAGCAGGUACCAAAGUUUUUUCUUCCCUCUGUCUGCCGAGGUGUUCUUGAACUUUUGGACUGUGUGUACAAAAAACAGCCGACAGGUUGACUCUGCAUCUCGAUCAAUCAUCCAUUGUAUGAAAGCUAUCAUCACAAGUGCACUACUUACUAUGUUUCUCACAUUCCAUCUCCUGGGAGUUUGAAGAAGUGUCCGAGAACGACGACACAAUGGAUUUCGAUCUUAUAUUCGAGAGCAUCGGCGAGUUUGGCUGGCAACAGAAGAAAUAUGUCUUCAUCAUCCUCAUGCUCAACGGUUAUUCCUCAUGGCACAUGCUUCAAUAUAGCUUUGUGGGCUAUCAAAUGCCAUUCACAUGUCUGGCCUUGGAUCAAGAUACACCUUAUCACAAUCAGUGUCCGGGGAAUAGUGCCGGAAAAUGUGAGAAGAUCGAAUUUGACACUUCCAAGGAGUCCACUGUCGUGAGCGAGUGGACGCUGGUUUGCGAUCAAGCUCAUUUGGGACCCAUGGUCAUGUCAGUAUUCAUGCUUGGCGUACUCAUUGGAGCGCUAGUGAUGGGCAUCUUGGCAGAUGCCUUUGGGAGGAAGAAGACCUUGAUCCUGGCCUUCACGUGCAUGCUCAUCUCCAACUUUGUCUCUGGACAUUGCAUCGAUUUCCGUUGGUACCUGAGCUCUCGUUUUGUAGACGGUUUCUUCACAUCUGGCAACAUCCUUGUUUCUUUUGUCUUGAGUAACGAGAUCAUCGGAGCCUCUAUUCGUGGACCCCUUGGAACCCUUCUUCAAAGCUUCUUUGCCCUUGGGAUCAUGCUAUUUGCUUGUGUGGCGCGCUUUGUGACCAAUUGGAGAUCCCUCACCUUACUCACCUCUGCCAUAGGUCUUCCCCUGAUCGUUACCAUUGGUUACUUACCCGAAAGUCCUCGAUGGUUAUAUGCCAACGGCCACCCCAAAAGAGCCAUUGAUGUAGUCAAGACCAUAGCAGAGAACAAUGGCACCAAACUGAAUCCCAAACAUAUAUCGAAGGAAGAAUCUACGGAAUUCGGGCAAAACGAGGCCCGAGUGGGCGUAACCUCCCUCCUCACGGUCUCCAGUCUACGGAGGAUCACUCUGAUACAAAUAUUCUCCUGGUUUGUGAAUAGCAUGACUUACUACGGCUUGACCAUAGCCGCUGCUGGAACGGGUGACCGUUACCAAAGCACUUUUAUGAGCGGAUUUGUGGAGCUCUUUGCUUACGCUCUCACUUACACCUUCUUGCCAAAGCUGGGACGAAGAGUGACCCUUUGCGGAUUCAUGGUCCUUGGGGGUCUCCCUUUAACCCUCUUACUGGUGCUCCCCAAUGGAGAAUGGCUGGUUUAUGCCAUUGCCAUGUGGAGCAAAACUUGCAUUGCAGGCAGUUUUGCAGUGGCGUAUAUCCACAGUGGGGAAAUAUUUCCCACGUGUAUUCGCAACUCGGCUAUGGGGCUGGUAUCUAUGGCUGCCAGGGCAGGGGGAAUCGCAUCCCCAUAUGUGGCUGAAAUGAGAGGUGAAGCUGUGCCAAAUUUGCAUUUGGUGGUCUUUGGUUUAGCCACCCUGAGUUCUGGCCUGCUCAAUACUCGUUUGCCUGAAACCCAGGAUCUUCCACUUCCAGAUACUUUGGAGGAACUCACCGAGAGAUUAGAAAUGACCACUCCAGAUUCUAAGACUCGUUAUCAACCCUUGAAGACCUUGAAUAAUGAUAUUAAUUCCGAAACAUUCGUCCCAGUCUGAUUGGGGAUUGAAAGUAAAUAUGACUGUGAUGAAAAAA